GCGGUGCGGGGCGAUGCGGGGCGCGGUGCGGGGCCGGAUGGAUCCGCGCUUCUACCGCCAACGCGCAGCUCCGCGCGGAGCCGAACGCGUCCCCGGGUGGGUCGGGCUCUGAGUCAGCGCCGGGGGGAUCGGGGGCCCGUCCUGCGCUCAUCCCGCGGGGCGGGGCUGUGGGUGGCGACCCUGCGGGUGUCCCGGGCCGUGGAUGGGGCCGCCGGUGCGGGUGGGGCUGCGCGGUCCGGCGGUGCGUGGUUCCGCCGUUCCCGUGAGCCCCGCUGUGACGCAGCGGCCGUGGGCUGCUCCGCUGGGACGGGUGGCGGCCGUGGGGAGCGUGGCGGUGAUCGCCUCCCACCGCCGGGCUGCGGUGCGGCCGCUGAGCAGCGGUGCGGGGCACGAGAAGGGUCCGGAGCAGCGCUGAGCUCCCGGGGAGAAGCGGAGUCCCACGUCCCGCACAGAGCCCCGCAUCCCGCACCUCUCAGGGCAUCCCCAUCUCUUCCCCCUGCGACGAUCUCAGUUCUUCUUUAGCCCGAGCCCUCCGCUCCUGCGGCCCAUCCUUGUGUCCCGAGGCCACGGGUGGGAUCUUAGAAACCUUCUGGUAGGAAAAGAUGAAAUCCCGAGCCGUUCAUCCCGCACGGGAGCUGAGAGCGCGAGGUGAGAUGCGGGCUGUGCUGCGCCCUGUCGGACGAAGGCAGGAGAAGCACCGGCUGCGCGAUGAGGGACGAUGGCACGUGGGCAAGGACGGCUGCGUUCCGGUUUCUGAUCCCUUUCUUUUUUUUUUGUUUUGGGAAAGAAUAGAAAUCGCUGCGGAAGGGAAUUUUAUUCUUAAGCUUCUGAGUGUGCUUUCCCAGAGCAGGAAGGGGAGUUGGCUGCAGGGCUGCGGCGCUGGUGAUGCACCCCCGGGUCCCGCUGUCCCCAUAUUUCCCAGCACCGUGCCGGCACUGCUGGAGUCCCGCGCUCAUCCCGUGCUGCACGUGGCAUUGGCACUGUCCUACAGCACUGUGCACGGGGACAGCAGGGUCCCCAUGUCCCCAAAGGAGGAGGAGGAGGAGGAGGAAGGUCCUGCCCCAUCUCCAAACCUUCCCCUGCCCGGUGCCUGCAUUGCCCCUCGGAGCUGUCACCUGCCCGUGCAGGGGGUGAUUAAAUGACUAGGAAUGCGUCCCCAAAGCUGUACCCGCUGUCACCUGGCGUAGCACUGCAUUCUCGAGCACUGCAGAACGAACCUUUGGGUCCCCAACCCCUGCGUUGGGCUGAGAGCUGCCGAAAUGCCGGGAGGGGGGGGAAGGGGAGGGGCGGUAGCGGGCGGCCGGGACCCGACCGAGCAGCGUUAUUCUUAGUGCCGGUGUUGAGUUUCGCACUUGUUUACUGCUGUGGCUCUUCCCAUGGAGCCGGAGGGGCUCCGAGCCGGACGCCGUGGGCUGUGGGAGGCUCAGAGCCCCCCCAGUGCCCCCUCUCCAUCCCCACCCCAGGACCCCCCCGGCCCCACGCUCACCGUGCUGAGCAGCCCCGUGCUCUGAGUGCCCGAUGCAGCCAAAACAGCCACUGUCCAGCAGUUGGUUGUUUAUCUGCCGAGAGGAGGUGUCACCCUUGCCCCCCCCUCCCCUUGUUUUUUUCUUUAAUCAAGCCAGUGCUAUUAAUAUCAGGUAAUGAACAUAAUCUCAGUGCUAAGCUAUCCUCUUAUGCACGCUGAGCUCCCAGCACCUCCCGUCCCGGCGCCGUUUCCCCCUCCCCUCCCGUGCUGCCUGGCUCCGGCCCCCCCGCACUACUUGUGGCCAUCCCUGCAUGGCUCAUCCCCACCGAGCAGCACCGAGCCCCCAGCCAUGAGCAGCCCCCCCACCUACGGCAGCGUCCGCUUCUCAGGCUGCCGAGCCCUGGCACCCGCGGGCAGCAACAGCAGCGCCGAGUCGCUGGACCGGCUGUACCCGGCGGUGGGCUCCUCCAAGCCACCCCGAAAACGGACCACCAGCCAGUGCAAGUCGGAGCCCCCGCUGCUGCGCACCAGCAAAAGGACCAUCUACACCGCCGGGCGGCCGCCCUGGUACAAUGAGCACGGCACGCAGUCCAAGGAGGCCUUUGUCAUAGGUCUGGGAGGGGGCAGCGCCUCUGGGAAGACCACGGUGGCCACCAUGAUCAUCGAGGCUCUGGAUGUCCCUUGGGUGGUUCUGCUCUCCAUGGAUUCCUUCUACAAGGUGCUGACCAAGCAGCAACAGGAGCAGGCAGCCAGCAAUGACUUCAACUUUGACCACCCCGAUGCCUUUGACUUUGACCUCAUCAUCGCCACCCUGAAGAAGCUGAAGCAAGGCAAGAGUGUGAAGAUCCCCAUCUACGACUUCACCACCCACAGCCGGAAGAAGGAAUGGAAAACCCUCUAUGGUGCCAAUGUGAUUAUUUUUGAAGGUAUCAUGGCAUUCGCGGACAAGGAGCUGCUGAAGCUCCUCGACCUGAAGAUCUUUGUGGACACGGACUCGGACAUCCGCUUGGUGCGCCGCCUGCGCAGGGACAUCAGUGAGCGCGGCCGUGACAUCGAGGGAGUCAUCAAGCAGUACAACAAGUUUGUGAAGCCUGCCUUUGACCAGUACAUCCAGCCCACCAUGCGGCUGGCUGACAUCGUCGUGCCUCGAGGGAGUGGAAACACAGUGGCCAUUGAUCUGAUCGUCCAGCACGUGCACAGCCAGCUGGAGGAGAGGAAGCUACGCUGGGAUAUGGCCGCCCUGGCCUCUGCCCAUCAGUACCACCCCCUUCCGCAGACCCUCAGCGUGCUGAAGAGCACCCCUCAGGUGCGGGGCAUGCACACCAUCAUCAGAAACAAGGAGACCAGCAGGGACGAGUUCAUUUUCUACUCCAAGAGGCUGAUGCGGUUGCUGAUUGAGCACGCACUCUCGUUUCUCCCUUUCCAGAGCUGCACUGUUCAGACUCCCCAGGGACAGGACUACGAAGGGAGGACAUACAGUGGGAAGCAAAUCACCGGGGUGUCCAUCCUGCGGGCAGGUGAGACCAUGGAGCCAGCACUGCGAGCUGUCUGCAAGGACGUCCGCAUCGGGACCAUUCUCAUUCAGACCAACUGCAACACGGGCGAGCCGGAGCUCCACUACCUGCGGCUGCCAAAGGACAUCAGUGAGGACCACGUCAUCCUGAUGGACUGCACGGUCUCCACGGGAGCUGCAGCCAUGAUGGCUGUGCGGGUGCUGCUGGAUCAUGAUGUCCCAGAAGACAAGAUCUUCCUCCUCUCCCUGCUGAUGGCAGAGAUGGGUGUCCACUCGGUCGCCUACGCCUUCCCCCGGGUGAAGAUCAUCACCACAGCUGUGGACAAGAAGGUGAACGACCUCUUCCGGAUCAUCCCUGGCAUUGGGAACUUCGGUGAUCGGUACUUUGGGACGGAUGCUCCUCCUGACUGGAGCGACGAUGAGGAUGCUCUCAGCACUUAGCUGGGUGGGAGAUGCUACUGGCACCAGGCAGCUUCAGCACCGCACCUUAACCCCUCCUGUCCAUUGCAGAGAUUUCUCCUUUUCUCCUCACCAAGCAUAUAUUUUUUUCAAAUCUUUCAUCAGAGAUCUAGGGCAUAUUUUUUCAAACACAAAUCCUAGUGUGACUUUGUGGACAGCCGCGUGUCCCAGCAUAGAGUGGAGUUAAUUUAUUUUAAUUUAACUAUUUGCCUAUAUAACUUAUUGGAGAUAUUUUAUAAAAAAAAAGUAAUAAAUUUUUUCUCUGGUUUUCUUGA